AUGAGCAGACUGCUGGGGGGGACGCUGGAGCGCGUCUGCAAGGCCGUGCUCCUCCUCUGCCUGCUGCACUUCCUCGUGGCCGUCAUCCUCUACUUCGACGUCUAUGCCCAGCACCUGGCCUUCUUCAGCCGCUUCGGCGCCCGCGGCCCUGCCCGUGCCCUCCACCCAGCCGCCGGCAGCUCCGCCAACUGCUCCCGGCCCAACGCCACCGCCCCCAGCUCCGGACUCCCCGAGGCCCCCAGCGUCCGGCCUGGCUCCGCGGCCCCCGUCCUGCCGCCCUGUCCUGACGCGCCGCCGGGCCUUGUGGGCCGGCUGCUGAUUGAGUUCACCUCACCCAUGCCGCUGGAGCGGGUGCAGCGGGAGAACCCGGGUGUGCUCCUGGGGGGCCGCUACUCCCCGCCCGACUGCACCCCGGCCCAGACGGUGGCCGUCAUCAUCCCCUUCCGACACCGGGAGCACCACCUGCGCUACUGGCUCCACUACCUGCACCCCAUCCUGCGGCGACAGCGGCUGCGCUACGGCGUCUACGUCAUCAGCCAGCACGGCGAGGGCACCUUCAACCGGGCCAAGCUGCUCAACGUGGGCUUCCUGGAGGCGCUGAAGGAGGACGCCGCCUACGACUGCUUCAUCUUCAGCGACGUGGACCUGGUCCCCAUGGAUGACCGCAACCUGUACCGCUGCGGUGACCAGCCCCGCCACUUCGCCAUCGCCAUGGACAAGUUCGGCUUUCGGCUGCCCUACGCUGGCUACUUCGGAGGCGUGUCGGGCCUGAGCAAAGCCCAGUUCCUGAGGAUCAACGGCUUCCCCAACGAGUACUGGGGCUGGGGGGGCGAGGAUGACGACAUCUUCAACCGGAUCUCCCUGACGGGGAUGAAGAUCUCACGCCCAGACGUCCGCAUUGGCCGCUACCGCAUGAUCAAGCACGACCGGGACAAGCAUAACGAGCCCAAUCCUCAGAGGUUCACCAAGAUCCAAAACACGAAGCUGACCAUGAAGCGCGACGGCAUCGCGUCAGUGCGGUAUCAGGUCCUGGAGGUGUCCAGGCAGCCGCUCUUCACCAACAUCACGGUGGACAUCGGACGGCCCCCAUCAUGGCCCCCCCGGGGCUGA